CACACUGCGGCUCAGCCCACAUCCCUCCUCCUGCUGCUGCUGCGGUUGCGACACCGGCAGUGGUACAUUGGAAAGGCUGCCAAAGACAAGGAUGGUUUUUUACACUUGCGCUACCACAGUCAAACGCCUCUGCCAGGGAUCUCUUUCUUCCUGCAUCUGGUGAGCGAGACUGCAACACAGCAGACGACCCCCCCCCCCCCCGCCUCUCCUGUCGUACCCCCAUCCCCCCUCCCUCCCGAUCCUUGGGACGCGGAGAGCCCCCGCCAGCAUCGCGCUGCUGCUGCUGCUUCCGUUCCAGUUGUCAAGCCGGCUUGGAGCUGCAUCCGACCGCUUUCCUGCCUCGCUCGCUGCUGCAGCUGGCCGUGGACCACGGCAGACAGGCGCAGCAUCCCGCCGGCUCCCGCUCCCACAUCAGCCCCAGAGGCCGAGGUUGGGGCUGAGGGCACAACGGGAAUCUCCACUUCCCUCUUCCUUCGUGGACAUCAUCAAGGCCAUCAGCAGUGAUGUAGGAUGUGAAGAGGGGUUCUCCAUCCUGGAUCCACAGCGUGAGGAGCCCUACAUAUUGUCUCUGGUGAUCAAGACGUCUUCCUGCCAUUGCUCUGCAUUUUCCUUUGAGGAACAAUAAUAAUUAUUCAUACUAUUUGAAAUUUUAAGCCACAAUAGGAUCAUUAAGAGUGACCUUGUGUUUGAUUUUGGGAAAGGUGGUGUUAUCAGAGCUGUCAAUCAAAAAAGGGGGCCAGGGUUAUCCAGCAGCUUGGCAGUAAUAACAUCUUUUUUAAAGAAGUAUUUAUUUUUGUUUUAAUUUUUCAUUUCACGAUUAAUUAUGUCACACGAUCGGAGUAUUGAGUUGGAGCACUUUGAGGAGAGAAGCCGGGGUCACCGAUCAUCUCGGCGUGGAAGUGGCAGCGGAGGAGGAGGUGGUGGAGGUGGCGGCGGUGGAGGCGGGGCGGGCUCCCGUGGAAAUGGUUUACCAAGCCCUGCUCACAGUGCUCACUGCAGCUUUUACCGGACCCGCACUCUGCAAGCACUCAGCCAGGAGAAAAAAGCCAAAAAAGUCCGCUUUUACAGGAAUGGAGACCGCUACUUUAAGGGGCUUGUGUAUGCUGUCUCCCAGGACAGGUUCAGGUCCUUUGAUGCUUUGCUGGCGGAACUGACCAAGUCUCUCUCAGAUAACGUCAACUUGCCCCAAGGAGUCAGAACCAUCUACAGCAUUGAUGGUAACAAGAAGAUCACCAGUCUGGAUGAAUUGCUAGAAGGUGAAAGCUAUGUUUGUGCAUCCAAUGAGCCAUUCCGUAAAGUAGACUACUCCAAGAAUGUCAAUCCAAAUUGGUCUGUCAACAUCAAGACAGGAACAUCCCGCUCUCUCUCUUCACUGACAACAAGAGGUGAAGGAAAAGAAACCAAGGAUUUUAUCAGACCUAAACUGGUGACAGUUAUCCGCAGUGGUGUAAAGCCACGUAAAGCAGUAAGGAUACUUCUAAACAAGAAGACGGCACAUUCAUUCGACCAGGUUUUAAAUGAUAUCACAGAUGCCAUAAAGUUAGAUUCUGGUGCAGUCAGAAGGCUCUACACACUUGAUGGAAAGCAGAUUGUUUGCCUGCAAGAUUUUUUUGGAGAUGAUGAUGUCUUUGUCGCAUGUGGUCCAGAAAAGUACCGAUACGCCCAGGAUGACUUUUUGCUGGACAGUAGUGAGUGUCGUGUGAUGAAAUCAUCCUACUCACGUUCUGGUAGUGCCUCACGACAUUCUGGAUCAAAAAGUCCUGGGUUGUCUCGUCGAAGCAGAUCUCCUGCAUCAGUUAAAAGAGGAGGUUACUACACUGCAUAUUCUCCGGUCAAAUCCCCAGUGAAUGGAACACCAAGCAGUCAGCUGUCAACACCCAAAUCCACUAAAUCAUCCAGCUCUUCUCCGACCAGUCCUGGCAGCUUGAGAGCUCACAAGGUUUCCAAUCCAUCAUCAAGACCACCUUCUUCCACUUCGAUUAGUCACCAGAUAGGACUAUCUACCAACGUAAAUGGAGUACCUCAGCAAGCCAAUGGCAUCAGUCCUGAUGGUAUGAAUGGGAAUAAAUCCUUUCCAGUGUCGACUAUUCUUGAUAAAUAUAAAGUUGGAAAAGUGAUUGGAGAUGGAAAUUUUGCAGUUGUUAAAGAAUGUGUAGAACGGUCCAGUGGCAAGGAGUUUGCACUGAAAAUAAUCGACAAGGCCAAGUGCAGUGGUAAGGAGCAUUUAAUUGAAAACGAGGUGGCAGUGCUGCGGAAGGUUAAACAUCCCAACAUCAUCAUGUUAAUUGAAGAGAUGGAUACACCAACAGAACUCUACUUGGUAAUGGAGUUAGUCAAGGGUGGAGACCUGUUUGAUGCCAUAACAUCAUCGACUAAGUACACAGAGCGAGAUGCCAGUGCAAUGAUGUACAACCUGGCUUCUGCACUCAAAUAUCUCCACAGUCUCAACAUUGUGCACAGAGACAUCAAGCCAGAGAACUUGUUGGUGUGUGAAUAUGUAGAUGGAACCAAGUCCUUGAAACUGGGCGACUUUGGUCUGGCAACUGUGGUAGAUGGGCCCUUGUACACAGUUUGUGGUACACCAACGUAUGUUGCUCCAGAGAUCAUUGCAGAGAGUGGAUAUGGCUUGAAGGUUGACAUUUGGGCAGCAGGUGUCAUAACAUACAUCCUCUUGUGCGGCUUCCCCCCAUUCCGCAGUGAGAACAAUGUGCAGGAGGACCUGUUUGACCAGAUUCUUGUUGGCCGCCUGGAGUUUCCAUCUCCUUACUGGGACAAUAUCACAGGCUCUGCUAAAGAAUUGAUUAGUCGAAUGCUGCAAGUGGAUAUUGAGUCACGCUACACAGCUGAGAAAGUUCUGACGCAUCCCUGGGUGGCUGAUGAUAUGGCACAAGAGCAAGACAUGCAGAUAGCAGUAACUGGCAAAUUGAGAAAGCACUUUAAUCCAGCAACAAAGCAGAACAAUACUACUGCAGGCGUCAGUGUAAUUAUGUACACAGCUCUCGAUAAAGAAAGUCAGAUAUUCAGUGGUAAGCCCCAGCGAGAUAUUGAAGGAGUUGGUAUGGUGCAAACAUCUCAACCCUGUCCGGCUGAAGAUCCUUCCGUGUCUGGGUCCAUGACCUUUACCCCUUAUUCAUCUGAGUCAGUUGUGGCCCCUGCACCUCCUGUCUGAGCAUGCUCUGCAGGCCUGGUACAGCUACACUCGAGGAGAUAAAUGUAUUGUGCUUUUAGAAGCAUGGUAUUUAAAAAAAACCCUCUUUAAAGCAACUAAGAUUUAAAGAGAACCACAUUGAGUUAGUUUUAAACAAACUUGCUUGUAAACUGUUGGUUUUGUGUCAAAGUGCUUUCUGCUACUCUCCUGUAACCUGUGAAUCGCAUUAGGGAGUCAGGAUUCCUCAGCCGCAAAUGUGGGAGCGAGAUUGAGCUCUGAUGUGAGAAGCUGUCAGUGAGGUUUGAUAAGGGUUUAGGUGUUGUGAUACCGUACUGUUUUGUCUUAUCAAUACUUUCACCUAUCAAACCCUCAUCAACUAAUACUCCAAUUUGACUGAGCUUAAACACUGUGCUGUUCAACAAAUUAAUUAUAUUUUCUUAUGGGAUAACAGAGAGAAUCCCGUAAUUGGAAACAGUCAUCAUCUCCUUGUUGAACUUGGCAGAGUUGCUUUAUCUGUACACUGACUCCACUCUCCUGCCAUAACUUUAGUAGAUUCCUUGCACAUCCUCAGCAGGAGAAUGGCAAACACAGCUUUUCUCGAUGUUGGUGCCAUUUCUCCUGGGGUGUCUCCUGGUUUCCUGCUAAAAUUAUGUAGGAGAUAAUCCCAGCAAAUUUCAGGGUCACUCAUUAGACAGCCAAUUUUAAAGGAGGCAAAUCAGCACAUGGCUGUUUUAAAUCACUGUUCUUGGAGGUGGAACCUUGUAAAUGAGCUUAAAAUAUGUGGCUGAUGAUCUCACAUUGAAAAGGAAAUCCUGGUUCCAAAUUAGAACGUAAUCAUUCUGGUUCAUUUUAGACUAAAGCUUCUAGAAACUGGAUUAGCCAAAUUGUCUUUUAUUGCAAAAGUUUUCCCUAAGUAAUGAGUGUUAGGAUCUGCAGAGCAGACAUCAUCACAUUGAGUUGCAAAACAAUGACAAAACUUCCAAAUUCUUAAGGAAGGGCAUAAAACGGCAGAGAAAAUGAUCAUGUGUAAAAUCAAGCUGCUGGUAGUUGUGGAUCCCUGGUGGAAUCAGUGUGCACCUUUGUGAUGAUGGGUCUACCUCAACUCAUUGGGGCCCACAUUCACCCCAUUAACACAGGUCUCCUCAAUUCACCGGAGCCAAACAUCAUCUAUUAUACCAGAUAACCUGAUCACAUGAGUAUGCCAAAAUCCCAGUGCUUGAGGAACCUGCUUCAAUUUAUUUUAGUGCAAUUCAUGCAAGAAUUCAAGCAUGAGUCUCAAGUGUGAAUGGGAGGAGGUUGUGAAGAACGUAAAUGAAAUGCAAGAGCCCUCCCAGGCCGGAAAAGGUAUUUUCUGUGAUCAGUUGAUCAAGUGCGAUCAGUUCAGCAAACACAUCAAUGACGUCCAUGUGCCAAUAAAUGCACAAUACCUACUCAAGGCUCCAGGAUUCACACCUGAAACAGUCGCCUAACAACAGUCUCCACAUUUACCACAGCUCCAGCAAUCACACACAUUUCACACGCACCUUGCUGCUGUUCCUUUUUUCACACAGCCGACUUAGAGCAACAAUUAUAAAUCCAGCAUCAGUUCAGUUAGCUAGUCCAGUGCUCCUGAGGAGGAGUGCAUCUCUGCAUUGCCACUGUUGAAUGUGAACAAAGGGCAGGGUGCCAAUAUUUCACCAUUUUAGACCAGAGUUGCCACGGUCAGAUUCUGCUGAACCCACUAGUGCCACAGGCACUAUCAGAUCUAGAGCCUUCCAUAUUUUAUGCAUUAGGUCAAAACCAGGAGGCUUAACUAAUGGUUUGAAGGUUAAGUAUUUAUUCUUUAUGGGUGCUUUAUUCUUGAGAUUUCUUCAAACUGCUGCACUGUCUUGAGCUAUUCAGCAACAAGAGGCACAUCAGAAAGAUACAUUGCUCUAAGCACAUUGACACACCUUCUCUAGCAGAGGAAGCUGGUGAGGACCCGCCCAUUGCAGCAGCUCAUUGAUGGUGGCAUAUUGUGGCCACAGUAGGAUUGAGAAGAGGGUGUUGUCAACCAAGAGGUCAGACUCUAAAGAGCUUGUGGCCAGUGGUGUUUCAGAGAUUGUAGAAGAUGAUACCUACUACAGCUUCUCCAAUCCCACUUCCUCUUCUUGCAACCUUAUAAAACUUAGUUUAAACAAGCCUCCUUUACAUGUCCUUUCCCCUUGUCAUAAGUAUACUGUUCUGCCUUUCUCCUUUCAGAUACCCUUUCCCUUGAUCUGAGAGUCACAACCAGCAGCUGACUAUCUGGUCCUCCAUAUAAUUUAUAGGGUGGCCUAGAGCAGGAAUCUCUACAUCUCACCUGAAGCCAAGCCUUGAGGGCAGGGUAGUGGAGCUUUUAUGCUGCUUUUCAGAAAUCAAGGCCUCGCACCUCCAGAGGACUUGGGUGAGGAUUAUGAUGGUGCACCAAAAUGAGCACGGAGAUACGUGGGGCAUUGUCAGGCUUGUCUGAAUGGAUACAUAAGGUAUCUGGGAGCAGGAGCAUGAGCAGAAAUUUAAUUGUGGCCAUUUUUGGAAAAGCAUGUUAAGUGCACUAUAUACAUUUGUACAUAUGGGCAUGUCUUAACACCCCUGCUUAGGAGCACAGGGGAAUCCAGUUCCACAUCAACAAUAGCAGACUCAGUCACAGUACGGGAAGAGGCCAUUCAACCUAUCAAGUCAAUGCUGGCUCUCAGAUCAACCCCAUCAAUCCUAUUCCCCCAUUUUUGUCCCUGCAACCUACUGUCUUAUGUGGUCCUACCACCCAUCUAUGCUAGGGGCUAAUUUACAGUCACCAACUAACCUACCGCCCAACAUGUCCUUGGGAUGUGGGAAGAAACUGGAGCACCCAGUGGAAACCAACACAGUCACAGGAAUAAUGUACAAACUCCACAGAUUCAGAACUGGAGGUCGGGGUCACUGGAGCUGUGGGGCAGCAGAAUUGCCUGCUGCACUACUGUGCCAUCCAUUUUAUCAGGAGCAUUGAGGCUGUGAUGGCACUACAGUGAUCAGACCUCCAGCCAAUAACGAGGAUUGCUGUUGCCACAGCUCUUGGUAGUGGCAGCAAACCUGGGGGCUUUCUCAGCAGUCAGGCUCCCACCACAACACCACCAGCAAUGCCCUUGCUGUAGCCCAGGCUGCUCUCACUCAUAAUAAGACAAUGGAGAUGAAAUUGGUCCAUCUAGCCCCAGAGCUGCUUGCGAUUUCCCUCAUGGCCAUCUUGAUCUUCUUCCAUUACGAAUGAGCAAUUAUCUCCUCGCCUGGCUGCAGCCACUUGGGUGAAUUGCAUAGAAGUAGUAACCAAGGAAAGACACGUGGGAGACAUGCACUGAGGGAAUGCCCAAGGUCGAUUCAUCAGUGAUUACAUGAUUUUGUUGUUUUCAUGUAUGCAUUGGUUUUACCCAUUCAUUUGGUUGCUUUGUGUUUGAGCUCAAAUAGACAUUCAGAUGAACAGUAGCAAGGGAGGGUAGCAUGGGAACAGCUAUCUCUUUCAUAUUCUCAUGUGGUGAUAGGUGUAGCUGGAUAGCCAGCAUGCAUUAAUCAUCCCUAAUUGCUAUUGACGGUCAUGAUGGCUCAACUUCCUGGCCAGCUGCUUGUGGUGAAGGAACUCCUACAGUGCUAGACCAGAACAUUGUGAAAAAUGAACACAAAGAUCAGAGAUGGAUAACUGCAAGAUAAGACACUGUGUAAUUUGGUGUACAUCCUCUAAUUUGGACUCAAAUACACAAGAACACAAGAAAAUAGGAGCAGGAGUAGGUCACCAGGCUCCUCAAGCCUGUCCCACUGUUCAAUAUGAUCAUGGCUGAUCCAUGAUGGCCUCAGUUUCUUAUCUGUGCCUGAUUCCCAUAACCCUCAAUUCCUCAAUCUUUCAAAUAUUUAUCCGUCUCCACCUUAAAUAUAUCUAAUGAUCUGGCUUCCACCACUCUCAGAGACAGAGAAUUCCAGAGUUCCACUUCCCCCCAAGAGAGGAAAUUUCUACGCACCUUAGUUUUAAAUGACCAGCCCUUUAUUUUGUAGCCAUAUCCCCUUGUUUGAAACUCUCCCACUAGUGAAAAUAUCUCAACAUCCACCCUGUCAACCCUCCUUGGAAUCUUGAAAUGAUAGUUGCCUUUGUCCUUUUAGAUGGUGAAGGCCGAGGUUUUUCUGUGUACUGCUGAGGAAGCUUUGACGAAAUGUUGCCUUCCACCCUGUAGGUGAUGAACAGUACAGGCAUUGCACUAAUGGUGGACUGUAGCGUAUGUUCAGGGUGGUUCACGAGGGCGGUAGAGCAGCUCAUUGAUUUGUGCUAAAUAAGUUCAAGCUGCUGUGGAGCCGCAUUCACAGAGGCAAAAGAGAGCUCCCUCCUCAGCCUUGACUUGUGCCUUGUAGUAAAUGGAGAGUUUACACAAGUCGGGAGUUGAAUUCCUCAUUGCAGCAUGCGCAGCCGCUGACAUUUUUGCAGCUACAUUACUUGGCUGGGCCAGGACAGUUUUAUCAAUCCAGCAUUUGGUGUUGGACACGUGGGCAAUGGAAAUGGCAUUGCAUCUAGGAAAUUAUUACUUGCACUGGUUGAACUGGUCAUUGUCUGGCAUGAUCCUCGCAGUGCCAGUUGUUGGAGAGGUCUCCCCCUCUCUAGGAUUGGCUGCCUCUUCUAUAUAAGGGGCCUUUUAACUGAACAGCAAGGCAAUUAUCUCCACCCUCACAGCACCUCCAGAGAAGGCUUCAUGCCAUUGCUGCCUGUCUUGCCAUUCUUUUGCCCAGCUUCCUGUGCUCCUCUCCAUCUUUUCAUCCUCUCUCUCUGGCUACAGCUGCAAGGGUCAUGCCUGCAUUUUGUCAAGGUUGACAUUUACUACAAAGCGGGUGGGGGGGGGGUGGAUGCUGUGCAGAGACCACGGGUCCAGGCAACAACAUCUCUCCUCGAGGACCACAGCGGUUGUCCCUGGUGACCUAAUCUUAGCAGUGAUGGCAGUGGAAGCCCAACAAUUCAAUUCAGCAUCUUUAGUCAGGAGAGAAGGAACAUCUGCUGGGGUUCUUGCUCCUUGUUGCCCAACAGUCAUCUCAGUUCCAAGUGUGAAUGUAGACUUGGUGAAGGAGGACACAAUGAGCUGAAAUGUCAUUCAAUAACAUGUCAACAACUCCCACUUUGUGCUCACGUAUGAAUAAUCAACACAUAGCCUACAAUUCAUAUCCCAGCCUGACCCAUUGCCUUGUGAAGAACAGUAGAAUAGCUUACAUAAAUGCAAGGUACUUUAACCCAGACUAUUGACUGCUAUGCUUGGAGAUAGCAGAUUCAAUUAAGAUUAUUUGUUAGAAUUUUCCCAGGUCUUCUUCUCUUCCUCUGCUGUGUAACUUUAAAGGAAACUUUUUAUUUAGGGAAACAGGAAUUACAUCAAUGGAAUGAGAGAGAUCCCUUGGACUUUUUUUUGGGAUUAACGUGCAAUAAACUUGGACUGUAUUGUCCACAGUUAAAGUUAAACUGUAUGAACUAGAAAUGUUGUUAUGCUGCAUAAUGUUUCUGUAUGGCUCACAGUGGAUUUUUUUAAAGGCUGUGUGCUAGCAGCAUAUACUGGGCUUUCAAUCCAGAUCCUCUGUUCAUAUGACAGUAUGUGCACAGAGACUGCUGAGCACAUACAUUAAUGUCAAAAAAAUGUGCAGCACACAUUCUGAAUCACUUGCAUAUGUGGCCCUUGAAUAGUGUGGGCCUCACAAGAACGGUUGGGGACUGUUUUUUGUUGGUCAAAGUGCCACCCUGCUGGGGAGUGCAUGGUGUCAGUCAUCUUCCAGUUGGCUUCUUUAACAGAUCAUAUGCACCCUUUGCUCCCCCAUACCCUAUCGUUUUCCUGAGGCCAUCCCAAUGUUUUUCCUGACCACCCAAUCGGUAUCCCUCCUCAGCCCACCCAUUCAUGCUCACCCCUGUCUAUCAUCUUCCUCAUCUCCCCAACAAUCCCCCCAACUCCCACUGUACUCCCUGAUUACUUCACAACCCCACCAUCAGAUUCCCUUCCCAAGCAUAUUUCCUUUCCAAUUUUUUAACCCUCUUAUUUAUUAUAUAUAAAAUUUAUGUUUAUGUAUUGUCUGAAUCUACGUGCCUGUGAUGCUGCUGCAGGCAAGCUUUUCAUUGUACCUCUACCUCACCGUCCCUGUGCAUGUGACAGUAAAUUCAACUUGACUUGACUUAACAUUCAUGGCUAUCAUGGCAGAUUGCUGGAGAAACACAUUGCAAGACCUUUCCCAUGAAAGGCCUUGGGUUUCAUGCAUGGUGGACUAUUGUAAUUGGAAGCUUCGGACAAACUGAUGUGGACAACCUGCACAGCAUCACUUUCAGGUGUAUUUUUGCAGACAUUACAGUUUCUCAGCCUAUAACUCAACAUUUCAAAGUGGUGGAAUGUAGAUUCAUCAGCUGUUUCUCCAUGUGACAUUCAACUCUUGGGGAGGACAUCUGGUGGAAAGUAUCAAGUGGGGACAGACCUGGGCUGAGACUGAGAAGAGAAAAUUGAAGGAUGGAUCUACUGGGGUCAAGGGGCCAAGCUAAUUUUUAAGAUGCCAUUGUGAGGAGUUUGGGAGCAUGCUGCUUCCCUCCUUAGCUAUAUCAUGAUGAUGUCAUUUGGGCUAGGGGUGGGGGUUCAAGUAGAUGAGGGGAAAAAAGAAAGAUCAAGUAAAAUAUGCAAGAAUAACAAUGAACACAUACUAAGAUCUGGUGACUCGACAACACAAGCAUGUAUAAUAUACUUUCAGGUUUGCAUUGUGGGUGCUGAUGGAUUUUUCAGCCUGAUCCACUGACCAGUAAGCCAUUUCUGUUGUGCCUCUGUAACCGAUCUUAAUUGCCAACAGAAUUUAUCAAAAUAAAUAUUUGGACUGAUUUUUAUACCAAAGUGUAAAUCAGUGGAUACCACAGCUAAUUUCUGUCAGCAAUGAGUUCUCUAAUUUUCAAAUCUGUAAGCAAAUUCCUUAACACUGUUGGUCAGUCAGUUGAGGAUAGGAUUAGAUCUUGCUGUGAUGACCCCAUUGUUCAGACUUACUCUUUAGUUUUCCUCAUGCAUGAAGAUUAAACACUCAUUGGGUAGCCAGCUCACUUGCAAUUGAGGAAAGGAAAUGGAUGUGAAGAAUCUGAUGGCACCUAAUGCAAUAUUUUGAUAAUCUGCAUUUAUCGGUCACUUAUAAUGAAAGGAAAAUGGCUGCAACACCGAAGCUUGCUUCUGAUAUGUUCAAGUCAUACAGUAUCAUUGCAUGCUGGUAGUUUAGCUGUCCUGGUGAGAUCAUUAAACUUUCAACAUUAGGUCAUUAUACAGAAAAUGCUGAAGAUAACACUUAUCAUGGCUACCUCCAUCUACUUUGCUGCACAAUUUUACAUUGAUUGCUCUCUUUUUCUCAAUGUCAAUCAGCCAACAGAUCCAAUUUUGUUAUUAUUUCCAGAUGUAGCAUUUCCAAAGGAAUACAAGAGGGUAGAGUUUGAAUUUGAGCUUGCCAGUUCCAAUGCUAAUUAUGCCUCAACUUAUGCCCAGUUUGGUGUGCCUUUUUUCCCUGAGUUUCUGCUCAAAUUCAAAAUCAUUGAGUAAUUUUUUAAAAAAUCAUUCAAAACUGACCUUUUAGUUUCUUAACUCUAAAAUAUCUCAGCUGAAUUUUUAGAUCUUUCUCAGAGACUCGCCAAUGAAUGCAGUUAAUAGAAACUCCCAAUAGUGAUUAAUUUACUCUGGGGCAUGGAAAGUUUUGUGAGAAGUGCCUACUUCUAGUAACUUAUUUUUAAAAAGUAGAUCAAAAGAUCACAAAAACCUGAGUGGGAGUGGGACUGAAUGCCAUUUGUGAGUGAGAUUUGGUGUAUUUUGUAUAGGGGAAAUAUGCUAAAAGUGCAAUCAAAUUGAAACUCCAGCACAGGGUUCUAGAAAAUGCUGCUGAUCUCUCAAAUAUGGACCUAGGUUUGAACUAGCUCAUUAUUAUUUAUGGCCUGAUUAAAACAAAGGGGAAGCAGUUAAAUUAUGUGCACCAAUUUACCAUUACAUAACUGAGAUAGGUUAUUAGAACACCACAAGGAAAACUGGGGUGCCUGCUUUAAACAUGCAAAUCACAUGUUAUAAAUGAAUGUUGUAGAUGUGUUGCUAAAUUACAAUGAAGUUAAAACUAUGUACAUCCAUACGUGCCGGAUGGCAGGAAGACAGUAUUGUCCUUGCACUGAAUUCAUUGCCAGAAGGUUUUACUGUAUAAGUACACUCCUUGCACAAUGUCUUGCUGGCCUUGCAUUAGUCUGAGCAUACUGUUCUAACAAUUCUACAUAAAUGAGCCAUUCAUUGGCAUGAGUAAUUAAGUUAUGCCAUGCAGUGGAUCAGAAUUCCUUUGGCUUGAUGGAUGUAUAAAGAUUGACCCUUACCCAGCCAAGAAUGGUUGAUAAAUUCUCAUUUAGAACAAUGACUAGUCUGUGAACUUCACCAAAAUGCCAAUCAUAAUUAACAGUGUUUAUUAUUCAUUGUAAAUCAAAGUGUGUUUUAUUUGUCUGUUUACAUUUUAAAACAAAAGCUCUCUGUAAUUGUGAAGGGGGAUGGAUUUGUUAUGUACAGCACUGGACAAAACACUCGAGGGAUUCCAGAAAUAUUCCAGCACUGUUUCUGGAUGGAGUCAAAUCAGUACAAACAUCUUCCUAAUAAAGGCCUUUCAGAACAUGUUUAUCAUGUGCAUGUCAGAGAAAUGUGAUCAGUAUUUGUUGGGAACCAUGUUCAGCCUCACUGAAUGUGAAUAUAAGAGUUGGAGUUUUAUUUAUUGGGGUAAUUUAUAAAAGGUAUUUAUAGCUGUCAAGCCUGAAAAGAAAGUGCACUAGUUUUCUAAAAGAUUUCAUUCUUUUUGGCUAUAUGUCUGAUUUUCAACAUUUAUCCUGUGUUACAUUACAAACUUUAAAAUAAGCAGUUAUAACCUAGUUCUUCUUCUACAGUUUUGAAUAAACUAUCCUGCAUGUUACACAAACAUUGGCAAGUCCACUGCUUAACUCAUUCACUACUGAGAAUGCUGACUGACAUCUCAUGCACUGAGGUUACUGAUGCAAGGAGGUUGCUGGGCUGUGCUGGGGUCACAGCUGUGUAAGUGAGCAGAGGCUGUUGUAAGUGAAUGGCAUGCUAAUAAAUGAAUUGAGAUAUUUACCAAAGCAUUCUUUCAGUGGAGAAUGAAAUCUCAAUCUGGCCAUCCUUGGCAAUUCAUUGUUAAAUUUUAGCUGAUUGUGAUAGUUUGUCAUCUGCAGUGUAGAAAAAUAUAAGAAGAACUGGUUCUUAAACAAUGGUUGAAAUAAGCUUGUACUUUCUUCUCCUUUUCAGUCUUUUGUUCCCAUCCUUAGUUCUUCAGUCCUGAUGCUAGUUUUGUAAUAGAAAUUCGCACAAUAAAAAAAAGU